GUGGUCCUGUCUUUUCAUUCCUCAAUUUAUUUUAUGAAUUGUCCCUCAUUAGAGUGGGUUUCCAUAUUUAUUCAUAGGAAAAAAUGUCUUCAGGCCUACAGACUUUAUAGUAAUUGCAAGUCUUAUUACUUAACCAAAAAAAUUCAUGGGCUGGCAAGGACGAUAAGGGAACAGGUUCCUGUGUCAAAAUUUUACCCUUCUGACAUUUUUCUGACAGAGGCCAGACUUUGGCAAUAGAUAUUUCUUAUGUUAUAUGUAUAGAUAUAUAUAUAUUUUUAUGAUUACCACAAGACAUUUCAUAUUAUCUCUCUCUAGUUUUGUCCUUGAGUGACUUAAAUUUGAUGAAAAACUAUUGAUGAAUAGAAUUGGGGUAAUUUGUAAUAAGAAUUUCCGAAAAUUUAUAACACAUAUUGAGAUAAAUUAUAAUUAAGAUAAUUAUGAUUUUUCUAGACUCACAAUUAAAACAGCCUCACAUACAUACAGAAAACUUUGUACUGUAGUCUCUAUUUAAGUGCAACAGAUGGCCAAUAAGUAUUUUAAAUUUUCCUUAUUUGAAUUUAACAAGAAUAAGGUCAGAAAGUUUUCUUUACAUCCUAAUUUAAACAAUCAAAACAUAACACAGAAGUUAGAUAGCAUCUUUGCCUCAAUGGUCCUAGUAGUGAUCGUUAAAAAUGCCCAUAGAUGUGGCAUAAUAUGAAUAAACAUUAUUGUGAACUUCAGAUGGCCACAAGUUGGGUUGGAUCUGAAUCAAAAUCAAAAUUAAACUGAUUAAUAUCAGAAACCAAUGUUAGCGAUCAGUAUAACAUUUUAACUUUCUUACACUGUCAAAGUAAAAAUGUGUCUUUAUGAAAAGGAAUACGUUCAGUUAUGUUUUCCAAAGAAAUCAACAGAAAUUCAUUGCAUAAUGAACUACCGUAUAUGUGUUAGCUUAUCUUUUUCAGCGCCUUUUGUAUGCAAAACAUUUUUGCUAUCUAACCUCAUCACGAAGAGCUAGAAAGUUUGACAUGCCUCAUUUUAGAUUGAGUAAAGUACGCAAUAUAAAAACAUGGCUGUCCCUUCGAAGUUACCUCAAGAGACGUGGACCCCAGAGAUCAGUAGAUGUAAUUGUGUCUGCUACAUUUCUAACAGCCAUUAGUCUCGUCAGUUUAAUGUGCUUACAGAUGUUAAAAGACAGCGAUACAUAUUUAGAUUAUUUAUGUAAUUGGGAGUUGAUUGUAUGGUGUUUAUGUCUUGGAGUAUAUUUAUUGAGAUUUAUGACACUUGGUCUUAAAAUCAAUAAAAAAUAUAGAAAUCUCUCAGUUCUUAUUACUGAACAGAUAAACCUGUAUUUACAAAUGGAACAGAAACCUCAUAAAAAGGAAGAAUUGAUUCUGGCUAAUAAUGUUUUAAAAUUAGCUGAAGAUCUCCUCAAGGAAUUGGAGAGUCCAUUCAAGAUUUCUGGUUUCUCUGCCAACCCUUUCAUCUAUAAUAUGACAAGAGUUGUCAUUCUCUCUGCCUUCUCCACAGUUCUUACAGAAUUACUUGGCUUUAAGUUAAAACUUUACAAAAUCAAAUUUAAAACGUAAGAUUGAAUUGGAACAUAUAUUGUUGCUGUUAUUAUACAGUAAUUUACUUUAAAAUCAAAUUUAAAACUUGUGGACAUUUGUGAUCCGGAUAUAAAAACCAGUCACAAGGUCAAAAAUUGUCAAUUGCAUCUUUUCAGUUUAAUGUAUAUUUUCAAUUUUAAAGCCAUUGAUAGUCUUUUGAGACAUUUUCAAUCACUUUCAAACUGCAAUAUGGGCAAAUUUGAACAUUUGUUCAAAAAUGGUUUAAUUCCAUUCACUUUUUACAAAGAUAUGAGGAAUUUGAAAUUUUACCAUGUUUAGCAUCCUCUGCCAGACUAUACAAACAAGCCAGUCCUACCUAAAAGUAUUGGGUGAAAUCUUUUGGUGGGCCUCUUUUUAAACUGAUUGAAUCUACCAUUGAUAUUUUGGUUUGGUUUUCUUAAUUAAAUGUUAAAUAAUCAAUAAUAAGUAUGCUUCCCCUUGUCAGGGGACGGAGGGCCUGACAAGGACAGCUGUCUAGUCGUAUGGGACGAAAAAACCGAGGUCCUGUGUACACAUAGGCAUGCACGUAAAAGAUCCCUUGGCAGUUGGAGUUCGAUAUAAAAGUAGGCCGUAGUGCUGCUGUCCGGGCAAAAUGUUUUUCAUAGCACACUGUAUUGCAUAUGCCCGUAUGCCCGUCUUCAAUAGCCCAGUCGGAGCAGAACAGUUGGAAAAUGAACCCUAUUUCAUUUCACUUUCAAUUUAAGUACAAUUUAGUGUGGAUGAAUCAUGAAAUUGUUUGCAAAAUGCAAAUGACAAUCAUUGGCUUUAAAACGAUAACAAUACUGUUGCUUUAGCGUAAAUUGAAGACACAUUUACAUUUUGAAGCAUCAAAUUAUUGACUUACAGUCAAACUUCCAUAACAAUAAUAGUUACAUAAGCUAGGUAUUUAGUUUUAGAUUAAGAUUUUAACAUAACUUUUUAUUAUUUAACCUUUUUCAGACUGGUUUUGUUAUCCAUGGUUCAUUUUCUUGAUGAGUUUUGAAAUUAAAUUCAAUGUUAUAACUAAAAACCUUGAUAUAGUGCAUUGAGUUUUAACCUUGACAAAAAAAAAUCAUAAUUCCAUGAAUUCCAUGAAUAUCAACAAAUGGAAAUAAAAUUUCCAAUCUGUCAUACAAUGAAGUCAUAUUCAGAGCAUAUUCCUAUUAUUGAGUGUACUGCGAUAAAAAUAAGCAGAUUAAUAUAAAUCUGAUGUAAUCAAAGUCCCUAUGUGUUCAAAUGAAUGAGAUUGUUUAUCAAAGAAACACCUGAUAUAUAUAUAUAAAAAAAGUACAACAAUAAAUGUUAGCUGAGAAGUGCUAUUAGGUUAGGGAUCACGGUGGCUAAGUGGGUAAGACGCUGGCUCGCUAGCUUGGACGUCGGGUGUUCGUUCCCUGCAUUGGCCGAGAAAGUUCAUACAGAUUUUUCAGCGUGGUUUCCCCUGGUCAGUGAUGCAGGAGUGGGUGCCUGACAAGGACAGCUGUCUAGUCGUUCGGAUGGGACAUUAAACCGUGGUCCCGUGUAUAUAUUGGCAUGCACGUAAAAGAUCCAUUGGUAGUUGGAAUUCCAUAUAAGAGUAGGCCGCAGCACCGCUGCGGGCAAAAUUUCCCUCAUUGCACACUGUAUGGCAUAUGCCCGUCUUCAUUAGCCCAGUUUAGGAGCAGAACAGUAGGACGUUAAACCCCAUUUCAUUUCAUUUUAUUUCGCUAUUAGGUUAUAGCAAAAUAAAGCAAUAGAUGUUGUGGAUUUGAGAAGAAAAAGCAUUUUGGCAUUAUUUAAAAAAUACUUAAAACAUUUUUACAAGAUUAAACUCAAUGCAAGUCUUUAAUUAAAAAAAUAUUUAUUUUAAAAUCUGUUAGUAAACCAGAAAUGAUAUUCUUUCAUGUAAAUAUUAGAAAUAAAAUCAAAAUGUGUAUGAAAGUGUGCUUCCUGGUCUUUUUUUGAUUUUAGAAAGUUUUUUUAAAAUUUGUUUGUGUCAAUUUGGUUAAUAAUUCUGUAUGAUCGCCAUGCAUGCUUUGAGGUUUUCUUCUUUUAAAUAGCUGUGUUUGUAUAUUUGUUUGGAGGGGGGUGGGGGCAUUUGUUCUCGACCCAACUGUAAGUAUGGUUUUUGCCAUUGAUAAUGUAAAGUUGAGUUGUUGAAUCCAGGGAUUUGCAGACUUAAGAUAUUCAGUCCAAUUACUGUAUUACUAAUUAGUUGCCAAGAAAAAUGGAUUUUUAUACAAAAGUGUCACCAUAUUAUGCUUUGCUUUGCUUUGCCAAUGAACACAUAGAAUGAGAUGUGAAAGAGUAAAAAGCAUUUUAAAUAUCUAUAUUUAAUUUAGAGCUCUUGUGGUAAUGCAUGUACACAGUUUAUAUAUGAGGUAGCUUAUCUUCAGUUAGUUAAUUCCAGUUCUGCAGAAAAAGCAUUAAAUAUUGAUCCGGAUAGAAAUCAAUGCAGUCUGGCAAAAUUUAUAAACAUAUGUAACAUAUUUUUGAAUUGGUAAAAUGCAAGCAAUAAUUUCUUGCAUAAGAGUAAUUUUAUAACCAAAGAACUGGAAAAUGAAGUGAGUUUUUUUUUUUUUUUUGUAUCAGAUCAAAGUCUGCUUUAUGAAUGUUAACAAUUUAUAACCAGUGUAAUAAUAAUAUUGUAUAUAUAUCAUUUCUAGUCAAAUAUAGAUGUAAACCUGGGUACCUUUCCUGUUGCCUCUUUUCUAGAAAGAAAUAUAGAGCUGCAGAGGUGUAGGCUACCUGCUACUGUGUAGUUGUUUGUAGUUGUGGCCAUUUUCAAUACCUGCUGCUGGUAGUAAAUGCCAGUUGGGUAAAAAUUAAUGAUUCAACAAGAGUUGAAAAUUCUAAUCAAAUGGGAGACAUUCGAAUGAAGACUGGGUACACCAUUUGAAACAAAACUGUCAGUAUUGAUAAUGGCUGACUACAGUGUACAGUACACCGUAGUUUUAGAAUCUUUUAUUAUUAGUGCUGAUCUCUUUUGUGUUUAUUGUGGAUGUUCAUGUUUAUUUAGUGUUUGGUUUUUUUUUGUUUGUUUGUUUUUUAAUUUUUAGUAUGAUUUAAAUGUAUUGGAUAACCAAUUGAUUAUUUGCAGUCUCCAACACCUCCGGGUUGAUGCCAUCAGAAUUAUUCCUAAUGAACUUUUGGUAAAAUAAACAACAUUUAAUGUGGAGUAUAUUGUUGUCACCUCCUCUGUCCACAAUUUUUAGUGAACACUCUUAAUACUAGAACCGCUGAUUGAUUAAUCAAUGUCGGAUGUCAUAGGGUCAAAAGCCGUUUGUACGAUCUCUGACGCAACCUUUUACUACAACCGGUCAGAAAUUCAUGUAGUGUAGGCCACCAAAAGUAUAAAAAAAGAAACAAAAUAUAGAUCUGUUUUUUAAUAAAAUUGCAUUCAAAGCUUGCAAGUGAGGACGAUAUAGACCCAAGUUCUUGACAAAAUGUUUUAACAUCCUGUUUGAAUUUAGAAAAUAACGAAGAACCUGUACUACCACUGGUUGUAUUAUUGGAAGGAAUGUCUGAAAGUCUUCAUUAGCAUUUUGGAAUAUUAUGCCUUUAAGAAUGGGUUAGUAUACUACACAGUGUGACUUUCAGAAUAUGAAAAGAGGCAUGCAUUUGACUUUACAUAUUAUUGUUUAUCAUAAUUGAAUGGUUUUUUUUAUGAGAACAAACUCGUAAGUGGUACUUUAAGUCAAUCAUAUUCCUGAAGCAAUGGUAAUGAGCUAACAGUGCUUCAAGAAUAUGUAUGUAUGUAGUUUAUUUGGUUUUUGUAUUAAGUGUAGUGAUGAGUGUAAAGUUAAUUGAUAUUGUAUUUAUUAGAUUAGUUACUAUUGUUUAGUGAGUUUUAUUUUUAUGUAAUGAUAGCUCAGUUCAAGGGUCCAAUUUUAAGUAACUACCCAUACCAAAUCUCAUUAAAUUAGAGCAUACAUGCAGAUCGAUUAAAAUUAUACCACCAUUUUCAUUUAGUUUUAUUUUUCGGUUAUUUAUCCCCUUCAUCUUGGCCUAAAAGCAUUUCUGUAUAGGAUCUGUUAAAGAUACAUUAUGUAAUAGCUAAAUCUGCCUAUUGUAGUUCUUUUUUGGCUUCAAAUGUUACAUAAAUCAUUAUUUAAACAUUUAUUGACAUGACAAGCCCAUAAUCAACUCUCUGAUGCUGAUUUUAAGUAGAUUAGAACAUCACAGCCUUUUAAGAGUUUAAUAGUAAGAUAAUCAAAUCUUUGUCUCAAUUGUCAAGUACCAUUGCUACGACAAUCUACGCUACAUUUUGUUGAAACUUCAAAAACUAAUAACUUUACAGUUGCACUGAAAUUUUCAAUACCGGUAUAUUCAUUUUUCAUUAUCUAUUUUUGAAGUAUUAUAGUAAGAACAGCCAGCUCUUUAUCUAAUUUUUACAUGCCAGUACUAGACAAAGAGUAUAGGUGUCUACAAUAUUUCAUCAAAAUAAAUAAAAUAAACAAGUUCUGAAAUGAGAGCCAUGCUUACACUGUGAUUCAUCUGCUUUAGGUACUUCCUUGAUUUUAAGGUAGUUCAUUUAAAUUUGGAUCCAGGUAUAGUAGUUGUAAUUAAUUUGAUUAGUAAAAGAUGUUUAUUAAAAUGGUGAACAUUGUUGACUUCCACUGUAAUGUCUUACACUUUUGAAGUCAGUGUUUUUUUGUUGAGCAUAAAUCUUGAUGGUUUCAACAUUUUGACAAUAGAAUGUGAUAUAUGUUUAUACAGUCUUGUAAAUUAAUAAAAUAAAAAGAACUAGAAAACUUGUA